GUCAACACACGCCACUAUAAUUUCCUAAGCUGCCCGGUUUUUAUUUAUCACAAAUGCGCGAUAUCGUCUGUGCUUACUUCAUCAGGCUUCUUAGCUACAGUGUCUGUUGGAAUGACGGGUUUGUACUUGGUGGAGCCGGUGGUGGCGGUGUACGCGUUUGCCAGUUUUAUGGUGUAUCCUCUGGUGCAGCAGUAUGUGUACCGCCGUCUGUGGCAGCAGAUCACCAACACAUCGUACCCCGGAAUGGGCACUUCCUCCCAGUGCGGCACGAACAGCAGCAACCAGUCCAGCCAGUACGGAGAAGUGCAAAAAGCAGCCUCGCUGUUCUUCAUGUACUCGGACCUUUUCUGCAUGAUCCCCAAUCUCCUGGUGACCCUUGUCCUGGUGGCUUAUAGCGACCGGCGUGGACGUAAAAUCACCAUCAUUCUCCCUCUUAUCGGCUCUCUGGUCUACUGCUUGUCCUUCCUAGUAGUGUCCUUCUUUGAGCUUAACCUCUACCUGCUAAUUGCAGCAGCCAUUGUCAGCUCACUCUUCGGUGGCAUAGGCACAAUCCUGGGAGGCUGCUUUUCCUACGUGGCUGAUUUGUUCGAAGAUGGAAAGCAGAAGAUGCUGCGUAUGGCCGGGCUGGACAUGAUGCUCGGGCUUCUCUCAGGCGUGGCUUUAAUCUCCACUGGCUACUUUAUGCAUGCGACGGGAUUUAACUGGCCCAUUUUCACUGCUGCCAUGUUCCAUGUGCUCAAUCUGGUUUAUGCAGUCUUUAUUCUGCAGGAGAGCAGGGAGAUUGACAGCGUGGCUUAUGCUGAAACUAACAGUCCUCUAUUGCCAAAGCUUACACUCGGGAUCUACAACCUCUUUGCACAGGGAACCAGGAAGAGGAACUACCUGCUCGCACUCUUGAUUAUCAUCUUCUGCUCGUUCAGCUUUGCGAACUUUGGAGGCCUGAAUUUGAUCACGCUUUAUGAGCUGAAUGAACCACUCUGCUGGAACGAGAUCCUCAUUGGCUAUGGCGCGGCUCUCUCCACGGCUGUGUUCAUUGUCAGCUUCAUUGGUGUGUACGUGCUCUCACGCUGCCUCUCUGAAACGAGCAUCAUCUUCAUUGGGAUGUUGUCCGUUUUCACAGGCUUUGCUAUGAUGGCCUUCAUCAAGACCACGCUUCUGAUGUUUCUUGUGAGGAUUCCCUUGCUCCUGGCCAUCAUGCCGUUUCCUGUCAUGCGCGCCAUGAUGUCGAAGGUGGUCUCGAAGACUGAGCAGGGUGCACUCUUUGCCUGUGUGACGGCCAUUGAUAACCUAACAACUACCUUGGCAAAUGCAGCAUUUAACAGCAUCUAUGCUGCUACAGUAGCUUGGUUCCCUGGCUUUGCCUUCCUCCUCGCUGCUGGAGUCUGCUUCAUUCCCAUGAGUCUGCUGGGCACUCUUCGAUGCUUCAGGCUAGAAAAUGCCAAUGAAACUGAGAGACUCUUGCCAGAAGAGGAAACUGACAGCACACCUGUUGUUUAAAAAAGGAAGGAAGCCUCUCAUCACUCUAUCUACAACUGCACUCUAAAAAAUAAUGGGGACAGUACCGGUUCUUCAGGGCGAUGCCAUAGAAGAACCUUUUUCAGGGCUUCAAAGAACCGUUCAUGCAACAGUUCUUUAAAGAACCAUUUAAACCAUUUGUUUGAGCAGUGAAGACAGAUUUGUGUAAACAUAGCCUAUGUGCAUUGACCAGCAAAUGGGAAGAGAAUGCCAGGAUCUGAAGAACCAUUUCCAAUGUGAAGAACCUUUCGCAUAAUGUAAUGGUUCAUCACAGAGUUUUGACUCUCCAUGGAACCAUCCAGAGAUUUGAAGAACCACUGAAGCACCUUUAUUUUUUAGAGUGUGUGUGCCUUGGGGCAGUUGUGUGUUUGGAGUUGUGAGCAGUGUAACUUACUUUCUUUUGCACUUUAUAUAUGACUAAAGUCAUGACUUCAGGAAUGCAGUGAUUCUAAGUGAAAAUGCUUAGAAAGGGUAUUUACAAAAAUGCUGAGGAAGGAUAGAUAUACUUAGUUUAGGGUACUUCAGGCCAUGUUGUACUUCACAUUUCUGAGGAAAUGUAUUUUCAGUUCUUUGCAAACUAUGUUUGCAGAAGAAUUUUAUCAGUGAAAUGUGAAGUGUUUCAAAAUGAUUUCUACGUGUGUACUUUUUCAAAUGUACAGUAAGAUUUUCUUUAAAUUAAUAUUAAAUAUUAUACAGCCUCAGCAUUGUACAAGAGAAUGAAAUCAGAUAUAACAUUAGAAAUAACCUGAUUAUCAUUAGAUUGUUAGAUUUUUAUAAAUCGUUUUUAUGGGAUUCUGGGUAUUAUGAAGUGCCUUUUAUACGGGUUACAUUUGCAAUAAGGCAAUAUCAGAAGUAGGUCAUUCCAAUACGGUAUAAAGGGAAGGGACAAAGUGUCCUGGUAUCGUCAAACCUUUUCUACUUUUUAUCCCCCGCUGGCUGAAAGGCCCGAAGGGGGAUUAUGUCGUGGUGAUGUCCAUCCGUCCGUCCCAGGAAAGGAUACUCACCUUUUGAAAUCAGCUCCUCUCACAAUUUUUGGAGGAAUUUCACACAACUUGACAAGAGGCAUUGUUAUAGGUCAGUAAUAUGCAUAUUGUAAUUUCGUUAGAGUCAGUCACAUUUUACCAGAGUUACAGCCCUUGAUUAACAAAAUUAUACUUUGACAAUUUCAUGAGAGUGUGUUUUCCUUCUGAAAUUAACUUUCACAAUUUGUGGAGGAAUUUCACCAAACUUGGUUAAAGGCAUUGUUAUAUGUCGGUAGUACGCAUAUUAUUAUUUCGUUCAAUUCGAUUGCAUUUUACCAGAGUUGUGGCCCUUGAUUAACAACCUUGUGUUUUCACAAUUUCAUGAAGGUGUGCUUGCCUUCGGACCUCAACUUCUCUCACAGUUUUUGGACAAAUUUCUCGAAACUUGGCAAAAGGCCUCGUUAUAUGAUGGUAGUACACGUAUUGCGAUUUAAUUUCGUUUGUGAAAUUUUUACCAAAGUUUUGACCCUUGAUUAAAUAACUUGCACGCUGACAAUUUCAUGAGGGCGUAUGUUCUUCUGAAAUCAACUCCUCUCACAAUUUGUGGAGGAAUUUCACGAAACCUGACAAGAGGCAUUGUUAUAUGUCGGUAGUACGCAUAUUGUAAUUUCAUUAAAUUCGGUCACAUCUUAGCAGAGACCCAUAGGCAUAGAGUGUGGAUACAUAAAAAAAUCCAUUGAGUUGUUUUCUGAUGGUUUCAGUCCUGUGCGUGCGUGCGUGCGUGCCUGCCACCACAGGAAACCCAACAAGUGAAGUAAGUAGUGAAGUAUGAAGGAGAGUAGUAGUCGAGACAGUAUAGUAGUGAGUAACUUGUCGCUGUUGUCGCCCGAUGUUUUGUACAGCAUAAGGAAACAGUAUAGUAACUAUAACGGUAAAGAAAUAAAACAAAAGAGGCUGGCUAUGAUAUAAGAAAAUUCUACAAUCCAGAAACAGAUGGGAGCUCCGCUUUUAGGCAGUGCCUAAAUCUCUAUAUUACCAGAGUUACAGCCCUUGAUUAACAAAAUUAUACUUUGGCAAUUUCAUAAGAGUUUAAAAGAGUCUGAAAUCAACUCCUCUCAUAAUUUUUGGUGGAAUUUCAUGUAAUUUGGCAAAAAGGUUUUAUUUCCCCCCUUGCCAUAAGGCCCGAAGGGGAUUAUAUCGUGGCGAUGUCCGUCCGUCCAUCCAUCUGUCCAUCCUGGGAGGGGUACUCACUUUCUGAAAUCAACUCCUCUCACAACUUUUAGAGGAAUUUCACGAAACUUGGCAGGAUUCUUUUUUAGAUGUUGAUAAUACGCAUAUUGCAAUUUCGUUCAAUUCAGUCGCAUUUUACCAGAGUUAUGGCAUAGUUGCCAGUGGGGGAUAUUGUGCUCUCCAAGCACUCCUUGUUCCUUCUGUUUGAAAGGAAGAAGCUGAACUACAUUGUUACAUUAACAUUUUCAUCCUGUUUUUGUAAAAGUUAAGUGUAAGUGUUGUAAGUAAAAUGAAGUGUAAAUGAAAUUGUAAACUAGAUGCAGGAUUUCUCAUUCUGGCUCUGAGUUACAAGUCAUGUCAGGUGUAUUUAGUGGUUACUAUGUCAGGUCUUGAUUUCAACCUGCAUGGUGCUGAUCUUACUAAACACAUUCUGCCUCUACAGCACCAGUCAAAAGUUUGUACACCCCUACUCAUUCCUAGGGUUUUCUGUAUUUUGACAAUGUAGAGAAAUACUUAAGUCAUCAAAACUAUGAAAUAAUAUCCGUAAUUAUGUGGUAAACAAAAAGUGUUUAAGAAACCGAACUGUUUCAUAUUUUAGAUUCUUCAGCAUAGCCAGCGUUUACCUUGAUGACGCUUUAUACACUAUUGGCAUUAUCUUUACCAGCUUCAUGAGGUAGUCACCUGGAACGCUUUUCAAUUAACAGUUAUGCCUCCUCAAAAGUUAAUUAGUGCAAUUUCUUGCCUUCGUAAUGCAUUUGAGAUCAAAUAGUAAAUAAUAAACAUAUAGUAAAUAGCCCAAUUCCACAACUGUAGUAAUCCAUAUUUUGUCAAGAACCGAACAACUAAGAAAAGAGAAAUGACAUCCAUCAUUACUUUAAGAUGUGUCUUUUAAUUCAUAAAAAUAAAGAAAAACCAUUGAAUUAGAAGGUGUAUCCAAACUUUUGACUGGUACUGUAUCUGUGUGGGUUUUUUUCCCCCUACAUUUGGCUUGUUGCAAUAGGUCAUAAAUAGAUAAGAUAUUAUGGCAGAUGUGUCAAACACAUGGGCCGGGACCAGCCCAAUAAAGGUUCCGUUCCAGCCAAAAGCAUUUAGAAUAAAAUAUUCAAUACUAAAAUCAUCUUGUGGACUUUAAGUGCAUUGAAAGAGUUGAGGAAAAAGGGAAAAACAAAAAACCCUAGACUCUAGGGAAAAAAAGAGCAAUAAACUCAGUACCAUAAAGACCUCUACAAACGAAAUAUGCGAACGAUCUAUAAUUCUGUAUUAAAUAAAAAGCUAAAUAUCUGACACAGUAACCAUUUCUCUGAAUAUUUUGGUAGUUGUGCAAUUAUAAUAUUUAAUUAUUUUUUUAUUUUGUAAAUGACUUUGCUAGCUGUAUUGUGUUUUUGUUUGGUUGGGUAUUUUUUUUUGUAUUUCACGUAGAUUAAUGACAUGAAAACCCAAUGAAGUCCAUUUCAAGGAGGGUAAAUAUUUUUGCAAGGAACUGUUCAAUGAAUUUGUGUAUUCAGGAUGUAUUGCCUUUUAGAUGAAUACUAAUAAGUGCACAUGUUUAAGAGGAGUUGAUGAUGAUCCACUGAACUGCUUGUUGUAUUCUGGCUCACUGGACCCCUAGUGUUAUGCGGCCUGUUACAUAAAAUGAGGUUGCUACCCCUGCAUUAUUAUUAUUUCAGUACCCAAACAUUUUAGAAAAAAAAAAGAAGGCAGCACAUCGUAAACUGACUUUACGCCAUGCAAGAGAAAAGUCAGGUUCACCUGCAUUUUUAUAAUUAUCCAAGUCCUAGAAGGAUUUUCUAAUGGGCUUCUGUUAUAUUGAAAUGACACUGACCUUAUGAGUUUAUGUUACUUGUAUUUUACUUUUGGGUGGGUGAUAUGACAAAUAUAAUAUCAUGAUACUCAGACAUUUUUACAGUACAUGAUCUCAUCUCAUCUCAUCAUCUCUAGCCGCUUUAUCCUUCUACAGGGUCGUAGGCAAGCUGGAGCCUAUCCCAGCUGACUACGGGCGAAAGGCGGGGUACACCCUGGACAAGUCGCCAGGUCAUCACAGGGCUGACACAUAGACA